UUGCCAUCCAGCAAAAUAGCCAUACUUCGACUUUUACAACCAUCUAAUCAGCGUUUUUACUACAAUCAUCUAACCUAUUCUAAGUUGCUAAAUUGCGUUAAUUGAACGGCUUGAACCUUAAUUGAAAAUCGACGUUAAUUCAAACCGAACUUUUUCAAUUAAGCGCAGAUUUCAUUAGCGAUGCUGAUGAAUACACCCCCGGUUAACAGGGAGUGUUUCUAUGAAGAUGUGUUUAAAUAGCGUAAGUGUGAGCCCUACAAAUAUUCACAUCCAUUGCAACAGGUACCGUAUUAGAGGCAAACAUCUCUGAGGCGGCUAUCCCCAAACGUUGGCAAACUAAGCCAAGUCUACCUGCUGCAUGGCUAGAUACCACUCAACAGAAACAGCGUGGCCUUGCUGUCCACUCACAUUACCCUACGAGGUGACUGUUUCCAGGCCCUCAUACUUUACGGGUGACUAUGCGGGCGUGGUGGUGCCUUCGCGGGUGAUACCCUGUUUUUACAAUACGGUGAUUGAAAAGCCAAGUCCAAAAGAGAACAGAAAGUUCUUUCUGGACAGGUCUGUGUUUGAUUUGGUGGAAGAUCAUCACUACCUUGCAUUAACUGACCAAAAGCUGCUGGGCUGGUAUCUUGGUUUGUCUCCAGAGGACAGAAAGAUCAUACAAGAUGAUGGAGGUUUAUACCAGUUUCUGCAAAGACAUCCUGCCCUGGAACUGUCUAGGCAUCAUGUUUAUGUGAAGUAUAACACUGGAGUUAACAGUCCUGCCCAGCCAACCAUCACAUCCAACAGGCACAUAUCUGGAACACCAGGAGCAAAAAAGUGCAGAUGUGAAAUGCCCCAUAGAAAUCUAGAGUUGGAGGAAAUGAUUCCCAACAAAUUGAGGGAGAAUUUAGCCCUGCUCAGCUGCAGCAACAGCAGGGGUCGAUCUCAAAAACAGCCACAUGAGGAAAUCUGCCCCAAGAAACAGAUAGUCCACCUGCAAGAUGGCUUCCAAACAGCCUCCAACUGCCCCAUCACAGAGAGCCAUCAGAAGACACACAAAGUGAGGGAUCUAGCAGCCAUGGCGAGCUUCUCUCUGGACGUGGAGCUGGAGAGAUGCAGACAGAGAGGAAAGCCUGAGCUCAGGAGCCAGAUUUCAAUGGCACAAGUCCAGAGUCCUAACUUCACAUGUGCAGAAAUCAGUCAGUUACAGUCUGAAUGGUCAACAAUUGAGAAAGAGUCUCCUUCUAAAUACUACAGCUUGGAUAGUAUCCGAAUGGAUGGUACAGAGUACUAUGACAAGAGCGUUGUCCAGUCAGCGGAGCCAGAAAAGAACGACUCUCUUUUGGCCUUCAAGGGAAUCUCCUCCACUAGGGAGAUUCCUGUGCAACCAGUAGAGGACAACUGCUCAAACAAAGGGUGUCAGAAUUACAUGGUCUAUGGUAGUGAGUACACUGUGGAUGAUGAUCAAGCUAGCUCAAGCUUUGAAGAUCAGAGUGACAACUUCCAUAGCAUCAUGGAGGAAGAUCAGAGUAUCCUCGCCUGUCUGCCCAGAGAAGGUCAGAAUGCACCUGCCAGUGGCGUUCACUCAGGUCCACUCACUGCUAACAGUGAAGCACCUGUAGUCAGCAGCGAGACCCUGAAGGCUGAUCAGUCUCUUAUGAAGAUGAGCACUGCAGAGACGAACACCUCCCCUAUGCCCUGUGUUCCUACCUGUGACGUUAUGGUCGGCACUGAGCUGACUGAGUGUGUGUUAGCUUUCACCCAAACUGAGGAUCCAGCAACAGCUGACAAGCACGUCAUUACUGAGGUCCACAUGGCUGAUCUGGACUAUCUUGCUGAGGAAUUUACCAAACUCAAGACGGCUCAAGAGAAACCGAAAGAGCAAAAAGAGAAAACUAAAAGUCACGGUUGCAAAUUGAGAAAGGAAUGUGACUGUAUCCAACGUGCUCAACAAGCCGAGCUGUACCUCCUGGCCCUGCAGUACAGCAUGUGUAGACAGCACUGCUGGAGACUCUUCUAUACCUCUGCUGAGGGAGGACAACUUCCCCCAAUGCAUGGAGACAUGAAUCUAUAUUGGCCAAAGGACCCUCCUGCAAAUAUUGUGACUGUUCUGCAAAAUCUGGAAUGUGAUUAUAAUCAGAUGAGGGAUAAGAUCCUGGCAGGGGUUCCUCUGGAGCAGCUUAAGCCUCUUUCUGUUGACUCUGAGAAGAUAAUCAAAGGAGCAAGUUACAUCCCUGCCCAGAUCAUUGGUGAUGUGCUGGGAAAUGCUCCAUCUUGGAACUCUCAGCAGACAUGGAAACAUAAAACACCAAGUGAAGGAACUGGAUAUUCUGAUGGUGAAAACAACAAUGGCUGCCAGGAUGGUCAGCAGAAGCAAAACUCAGCUAACCAGCUCAUAAAGGACAGCUGCAAAUCCAGGAGAGCUGUCACUCUAGUCCCCCAAGAAAGGGGUGCGACUUAUAGUGCACACAAGACAGAAGAAAAGCAGACAAGUGCAUGUGAAGAGCUGAACAUGAGCGAGGCAUGGUACGAUGCAGAGGAAGACCUGGAGCCUGCAGAAGCUGCUGAGAUUUCAGAGGAGUUAAAAGAUAAGAGAGAUGAAUCAGCCAGUGAGGAGAUCAAGAGCUCGAUACUGUGUGUUUCCAACCUGCCCAGUAAUGUGACUGAGAGUGAUGUGAUGCUGUGGUUUGAGAAAUACCAUGCUUCUGAAGUCAGCAUCUCUACUUUAAAGAAUGAUUUGAGAGUUGCCAUAGUGAUGGUAAGUGGCCAUCAGUCUGCAGAGGGUGCGGUGACAGAUCUGAAUGGCUGUAGCAUGCAGGGCCAUACUUUACGUGUGGAGCACAUCAACAGGGUCACAGCAGGGAGUCAGGGCCAGGCCUCAGCCUCCAUCAGUGAGCCUGAGUCCUUACAGGACCCCACCAAACCACAAACCUCCAAGACUGACUCCAGCAGCACUGACAGACAGUUGAUAACUCAGCCUCCGCUUAGCUCCAGUUUAAAGAACAGGAAGGUGGUCUGCAUCUCCCCCACAGCAAAGGGAACCUGUGUGCCCCAACACUACGGCACCAUGGGCAGCUUCGAUACCCUGAUGGCACAGCUGACACAGCGCCACCCAGACAUUGGGAGGCAGAGGAUUGUGGAUGCUCUGAUAGAACUGAGGACCAAGCACCAGGGCAUCCUCUGCGGCCUGCCCCUCAGGACCAUCAGGGAGAUGACGUCCGACCUUCUGACCAGGCCAGCGAGUGCCAAACAGUUAUGAGGAAGCAGUGCUUUACGCUUGAGUUUUUGUUGUUUUUUAGUGGGUGGUGGAAGUUAUGUGUUAGAACAGCUGAAGUUUUUCUUUACAACUGAUAUAUUCCAAACACAGAGGAGAAGCAAUUAAUCUAAAAGGAAGUGAAUGUAAACCUCAGCUGAGGUAGAAUUGUUUUGGCCUUUUGCCAAGAAAGUCAAGAUGCUCUUAAAAAAGCUGUUCAAAAAACUUUGUUACAGUUCCCCAUAAUGUUUGUGUUCACUCCAGGUAGCAUCAGAUUGUUUUUGUUAUUUGGUGAAGGGGUUUUUUUGUGUCUUGCAAAGUUGAUACAUUUCAAGUUUCAGUCCCUCCUCUGCCAGUGAUUCUGCAGUUAAAUUAGUUUAUAUCUAGAUAUCUAAAGUGGUGUUAGUGUCUGCAUACAGUUGUAAAUGCAGCAGCUUUGUUUGUAUUUUAUGUCCUCUCUAAAUAAAAAGGAUAUAAAUGAAAA